UGAGAGCAGGAGUGAGUGCACGGGGACGAGCACUGCAGUGGAUUAUUACACCGGCCUGGGAAGCACAGGGGAGAACGGGAGCGCCUCAGUCUGACUAACCUGACCAAGUGGAGAACGAGUUUCACACGGUGGUCGGUCGACAGGAAAGUGUGCGGGAAUUCAGCUUCAUCCAGGAUUUUGCGUGUGUGUGUGUGCGUUUUCUUUUCCCCACGGAGCGUCUCACUCCCGCAGAGAAGGUCUGCUCAUGAAGCCAUGCUAAUAAACAUCUUCCUCUUGCGGUAAACUGCCUGGUGGACAGUCAGAGGCAUCAUGGCCGAACUGCCUAUUGCCCCGGGACAGGUUUACAUUGAGGUGGAGUACGACUAUGAGUACAAGUCGAAGGACCGCCUCAUCACCAUCCGGCAGGGGGAAUGCUAUAUGCUGGUCAAGAAAACCAAUGAGGACUGGUGGCAGGUGAAAAAAGAAGAGGGGACUAAAGCUUUUUAUGUACCUGCUCAGUAUGUCCGAGAGGUCCGCAAAGCCCUCAUGCCACCUCCUAAACCCAUCCCACAUCAUCCUGCUGCCACCGGCAACGCACCUGCCCAAAGUGGGGCUGGGCACUGGAUAAAGCCAAACAAUCCAGAGACGGGACUCCAAAACCGGUCUGCUGACAACCUUCAGAGGCAUGAGUCCAACUAUCGGCGCUCACCCUCUGCACAAACUGCCUCUUCAGGACACUUCAGUCCCCCCAUCCAACGCAGGGACAGUAAUCACCAUCACGCUCCCAGCAUCCCCACAGACCACGACCGAGCUCCGCCUGAGAACCCCGUCCACGGCGGGGGUUCCCAACCUGCCCACAAAGGAGGGUCCUUCAGUCUGCCCCGUACCCGAGCUCGAUCGCCAGUGAUGUCCAGGACCCCGCUGGACGUGGACAGCACCCAACACUGUGACUCUGCAGGGGAAGAGAGACCCACCAACGACUCAGAGUCUGGAGAUGAACUGAGCAGCUCGUCCACCGAACAUCCCCAGACGGUGCCUUCGUCGGGCCAGGGCCGCUCAGAGUCACCUGUCUACACCAACCUCCAGGAGCUGAAGAUCACCCAGACCAACCUGCCCCCUCUGCCCUCUGGCUCCCCGCUCCACUCGCUGGGUGACUGGGAAACCUACAAGGACCAAAACGGCAGGCACUUCUACUACAACCGCUCCACCCAUGAGAGAACCUGGAAGCCGCCCCGAGCCAGGGACACCAGCACCGGGAACUCCAGAGGAGAAAGCCACAGCGCAGGAGAGAGCUCUGAGACCACUCCUCUCUCGCUCUCGCCGUCUUUCCUUCCCUUCCUGUCGCUCUCCAUUGGUCGACUUCAGCCUCUGUCGUCGGAGGACACCUGCUUCAGUACCUACUCUAGCCAGUCAGACAGCCAGUAUGGCUCACCACCGCGUGGUUGGUCGGAGGAGAUGGAUGAGCACGGCCACACGCUGUACGUCAGCGACUAUACUAACGAGAAGUGGUUAAAACACGUUGAUGACCAGGGCAGACCUUAUUACUACAGUGCAGACGGCUCCAGGUCAGAAUGGGAGCUGCCAAAGUACAACCUCUCCCCUCCGCAGCCGUCCGGAGACGGUCCAAAAAGUCGCAGUCUGGACAGGAAACACUUGGAGCCCAUCGUCCUGACCAAAUGGAGACACAGCGCUCAUGUCCCAGAAACCAGCGAAAAGGACGCUCCUCUGGGCCCCAAGCCCCCCUCUCCUGACUCCGACUCCUGCCCUUCGUCUCCCAAGCCCCCCGCCUCUCCAUCUGAGAAGUGCGGGGUUCUGAAUGUGACAAAGAUCACUGAGAAUGGCAAGAAAGUACGGAAGAACUGGACUUCUUCCUGGACAGUCCUCCAAGGAUCCACGUUGCUGUUUGCCAAAGGACAAGGAGGUGGAACAAGUUGGUUUGGAGCCAGUCAGUCCAAACCCGAGUUCACUGUAGAUCUGAGGGGCGGCUCGGUGGAAUGGGCCUCGAAGGACAAAUCCAGCAAGAAGCACGUAAUAGAGCUGAAGACUCGACAGGGCACAGAGCUGCUGAUCCAAUCAGAAAAUGACGGCGUCAUCUCCGACUGGUACCGAGCUCUGCAGGACACCAUCAGCACCCACGCCUGGGAGUCUGACGAGGCCAUUGAAGAGGACAUGCCCGAGUCGCCUGGUUUUGAGAAACAUGACAAGGAGAAAGAACACAGAGACUCAAAGAAAAGCAGAGCAGCAAUGAAGACCUCCGCCAGCUUGGAUGCCUCCGACAACAAGAAGACCAGGCACAAGCUGAAGAAGUUCCUCACCCGCCGUCCGACGCUGCAGGCCGUCAGAGACAAGGGAUACAUCAAAGAUCAGGUGUUUGGCUGCAGUCUGUCCAGUUUGUGUCAGAGGGAGAACAGCACUGUGCCAGGCUUUGUGAAGAUGUGCAUCGACCAUGUGGAGAACAGUGGUCUGUGUGUAGAUGGGCUGUACAGAGUGAGUGGAAACCUCGCUGUCAUACAGAAGCUACGCUUUGCCGUCAAUCACGAUGAGAAGGUGAACCUGGCAGACGGGAAGUGGGAGGACAUCCAUGUGACCACUGGAGCUUUAAAGAUGUACUUCAGAGAGCUGCCAGAGCCUCUCUUCACCUACGCUCUCUUCAAUGACUUUGUCAGCGCCAUCAAAAUACCGGACUACAAGCAGCGAGUUCACGCCAUCAAAGAUCUGGUCAGACAGCUGCCCAAGCCCAACCACGACACCAUGCAGGUCCUCUUCAAACACCUCAGGAAGGUGAUCGACCAUGGAGAGGAGAACCGUAUGACCACCCAGAGCGUGGCCAUCGUGUUCGGCCCCACGCUGCUGCGGCCUGAAACAGAGACCUGGAACAUGGCGGUCCACAUGGUCUACCAGAACCAGAUAGUGGAGCUGAUACUGCUGGAGUAUGAGAAUAUUUUUGGCAGGUAGACAGAGACACCAGAGGAUAAGCCUAUUUUUUUUUUUUGUUUUCUCUCCCAACGCAGAGCUCUUCCCAACCCAGCAUGGCCCUGCCAAAAACAGCCCGGCUCGGCCCGGGCGCAGCUUCUCUUCGUCUCAAACCAACCUGCGGUCACUGGCUUUCUCCAACCUAGCAACCCGUGGACCAAAGCCAACGCGAAUUUGUUUCGUAAACCAAAACAUAGGUGUAACUAACUAGCGACCAAAAAAUUUAGACUCUUUGCACUUUUCAGUAUCUUGUUUUCUCCUGCAGCUGCAUUUGUGCCACUUUACUGCAAAGGUGACGUGUUCCUGUCCUGACACUGGAUUCCUGAAACUAAGAACACACGGGCCAAACAAGCCUCUACUACUGCACAGACUGACUGAGACCAAAGGAGCCUCCGUCACAGAGGAGGCGUCAGUAUUGGAGGUUUAUGAUGCUGGAUGCAACCUGUACGAACUGUACUGUACAUCUCAUCGCUUAAACAGACUCCUGACUCCUGUAUGUACCACACUGCGGAACCGACAGACGAAACCAAACUGCCCUCGACCCUCGGCUUAGCUUUAGACGUUUACACACUAAGAAAUUAAACAGUUUGGAGCUAGAAAUAGGAGAAGAAGGGAUGUGGAGGUUUAUGGGUUUUUUUUGUUUUUUUUUUAAUUUAGGAUCUUUAUGAUUUUCAAGAACAUUUGCAUCAUCGUCCUUUUUUCUCUUUCUUUUUAUUUUAAGCCUUCUCCUCUCCUCUCUCUCUCUCUCUCUCUCUGUGUCUGCCUCUCUUCCCGUCUUUCUCUCUUUUUUUUCCUCCUGAAAUACUGGACCGGGGUCCCCUGAGCACAUGAGAGGUCAUCUCCUCUCUUUGUAUUAUAUCUGCAUGCCACAUUCUCCAUCCGGCUUUUAGAACAAAUCAUCUCGCAGCGGUCAGAACAUUAACUUGAAAACAGACGACGGUACUCAGCUGUUUCUUUCCGUGACUAAUGGACAUAAAAUGUUAAGGUAAAGAGCCUUUAAACAUGUCUCCAUCGAUGCGUUUGUACAGUGUUUUAUGUGCGUGCAUGUGGAUGAGGGGUGGGUGGAUGGACGAAUGGAUUUACUGACAAUAUAUUGUACAAAUAGUAAAUAUAAGUACAUAUGCCUGGAGUGUUAAAAAUAAGAGGGAAAAAUCACUAUUUUGUGAUCAUUGUGUAUCCAACGUGAGGAAUAAAGUUAUGAACUGGGACUGUGGAGGUUUACCUGUGAAUCAGGUAGACGGAAGAUUGUGAAUAAGAAACUUUGCAGAGUAAAUGCUGUCGGCUUUAUCAAACUGGAAUAAAGACCUCUGAUAAGAGGAGA